CCAAAGUGAAUAGAAUGUCGUCUGUCCGUCGUUCCCUUGAUCCCCCUGUUUUGAUAUUUUUAUUCAUUUUUGAGUUCAGUUUUUAUAGUUUUGCUCUCUCACAGCGAUUACCAGAUGCUGAAGUCGAAGCUCUAAAAGAAAUAGCAAAUACAUUAGGAAAGAAGGACUGGGACUUCGCGGAUCCAUGUAAUAAUUCUCCGGGAGUUCAAUGUACCUGCACUUUCUCUAACAACACCAUCUGCCACAUUACCAAAAUAGAUAUUCAAGAGCAGAGUUUACCCGGCACAUUACCGCCAGAGCUCGUAAAGCUUCCCCACCUCAAAAUAAUUCAACUUAGUCGUAACUACCUUAAUGGUACAAUCCCUAAAUCAUGGGGUUCCAUGAAAUUGGAAGAAAUCUAUCUCACUGGAAAUCGAUUAAUUGGUCCAAUCCCAGACGAGAUAGGAAACAUCUCUACCCUAAGAAAUAUAUGGGCGGGCUACAAUCAAUUUUCUGGACCUCUUCCACAAACAUUUGGAGAUAUUUUAGGCAUAAAAAGCAUAAGGUUUGUCGCGAGCAAUCUAACUGGGGAAUUUCCAGAGACAUUUUCUAAGCUAACCAACUUGAAUGACCUCUGGAUAAGUGACAACCAGUUUACCGGAAAGAUACCUAGUUUUAAGAAUUGGAGGAACCUGACAAGACUAGAAAUUCAAGCAAGCGGUUUAGAAGGGCCAAUUCCAUCUGACAUCUCUGUCUUGGAAAAAUUAGAUAUCUUGAUCAUUAGUGAUUUAGAUGGUAUAGAAGGUUCAUUCCCACCACUUAAUAACUUGAACUUGACGACACUUAUUCUAAGGAAUUGCAAUAUUAGUGGAACCUUACCUGCCUAUCUUGGCAAUAUGACGAAACUUCGUACAUUAAAUCCAUUACUCUCGAUGGCCGACCCAGAGUUAUACACGGCAGCGCGCAUUUCUCCACUAUCUCUAACUUACUAUGGGUAUUGUUUGAUUAAUGGAAAUUAUACUGUGAAACUCCACUUCGCGGAGAUAUUAUUCCCAAAUGAUGAGUCAUUCAGCAGUCUUUCGAGGCGCGUAUUCAAUGUCUACAUUCAGGGAAAGCUAGUGUUGAAAGAUUUUGAUAUUGUGAAAUCAGCGGGUGGGGCUCGUAAGUCGGUUAUUAAAAUCUUUACUGCGGUUGUGACUAGUAAUACCUUGGAAAUUCGGUUCUACUGGGCAGGGAAAGGCACACAAAGGACCCCUGCUGCUGGAUACUAUGGUCCUCUUGUUUCAGCUAUUUCUGUUAUAAAUCCGGAUGUUGUCCCUCGUUUAGUUGGUGUACCUCGUGGAAACAAAAUCUCUGCAGGGGUGGUGGUGGGAAUUGUCAUCGCUUCUGUAUUGUGCCUUGCGGCCACUACUUUGGGGGCUCUCUGGUGGAAGGGCUACUUUGGGAGGCAAAAUGAGACCGAUCAAGGGCUUAGAGGUUUGGACAUAAACACUACUUCCUUCACAUUAAGGCAAAUAAAAGCUGCCACAAACAACUUCGCUGCUGAAAACAAGAUUGGUGAAGGUGGUUUUGGGCCUGUUUAUAAGGGUCAUCUUUUAGAUGGUACAAUAAUUGCUGUGAAACAACUAUCAUCCAAAUCCCAACAGGGAAAUCGUGAAUUUGUGAAUGAGAUAGGAAUGAUUUCUGCCCUACAACACCCUAAUCUUGCAAGGCUUUUUGGAUGCUGUAUGGAAGGAAACCAGUUACUUGUGAUUUAUGAAUACAUGGAGAAUAAUAGUCUUGCCCGUGUUUUGUUCGGCGAAGAAGAGGUUCAGCUGAAGCUUGAUUGGCCAACAAGGCACAAGAUUUGUGUGGGUAUAGCCAGAGGCCUAACUUAUCUGCAUGAAGAAUCAAGGCUGAAGAUUGUCCACAGAGACAUUAAGGGUACUAAUGUACUUCUUGAUAAGCAUCUUAACCCAAAGAUUUCUGACUUUGGUUUGGCAAAACUUCACGAGGAAGAUAAAACCCAUAUUAGCACUCGAAUUGCGGGUACUCGUGGCUAUAUGGCACCAGAGUAUGCAUUGAGGGGAUAUCUGACUGACAAAGCAGACGUUUACAGUUUUGGCGUUGUCGCAUUAGAAAUAGUCAGCGGGAAGAGCAAUACAAGUUACUUGCUAAAAGAAGCAGACUGUGUUUAUCUUCUUGACUGGGCUUUAUUUCUUCAGAAGAAUGGAUGUUUGAUGGAGUUGGUCGAUCCAAAGUUGGAAUCCAUAUUCGACGAGGAGGAAGUUCUACGGACGGUUAAUAUAGCUCUUGCAUGCACGAACGCAUCUCCAGCACAAAGACCUAGGAUGUCUUUGGUAGUCAGCAUGCUUGAAGGUCAAACUGCUUUUGAAGAAUUUGUUUCAAAUCCAGUAAGUGAGCCUAGCAAUGAUUUGAAAUUCCAAGCUAUUAGCGACAAUCUUGAACAGAACCUGAUAGAUCAUAGCCAAGCACAGAGUAUUUUGAAAGAUGUUCAACGUUCAGAGUCAUCAACUUCUGCUAUUGAUCUUUAUCCACUCGUUAUGGAUUCAGAGUACUGGAGUAACAGAGUGUCAGAGAGUAGAGAAGUUUGAACCUAUGCAUAUAAUCCACAUGAAACAAUCGUGUCUGUUGUUUUUACUUGAUCAGGGAUCCAGGGUCACAUUUCUGUUAAUUUGAUGGAAUUAUGUGCACAAUGCAUGACAGUAUGUUUUCUUUGAAUCACUAGAUUUUAAAUUCUUGAGUUCCUCCUUUUUGCUCGUGGAAUUUAAAUUCCUGGAAGGGAGAAAUAGAAGGGUUUUUGGUGGCAGGGCCAUGGAGGUUAUUGAGCUUACUACGGUUAUUAAACAGAUCAUUGGUUUUGGUGGCAGGGCCAUGGAUGUUUUUAGGAUUUUUACUAUUAGUCAAGUUCCUUUUCAAUGGGACACAGUUAAUAUGUAGUUGUUUUUGUGGAACCGUCCCUUUGCUUGUAAAUACUUCUUUUUUCUUUAAAAUAACCUGUUCUCUCU